AUUUGUUCAGAUGAGGCAAACUCUCCGACCUGAGAAGGAUUAUAAACAAGAGUCUCAGCGAACAGUGAUUUGUCGGUUGUCGUCGAAAAAUUAAGUGAAAUUCCAGCUGUAGCGUGCAAAAAUGUGUUGGAGUGGACUUUUUGAAAAUAUCCCUCAUAUCGGCGAGAGUGUUUUUAAUCGUCUUAAAAACAAACGUGACAUUCUCUCCGCAUCGGAGGUCUGCAAGUCGUGGUUCCAAUCUGUAUCUGAGCUGAUGAUCACCAGGUGCGCCCUGAAUAUUUUCCAAGAAACGGAAUCGGGACAAUCAGAUCUGAUUAACGUUGAUAAAGUUCUAACGCGGCAGCGACUGUACAACGGUGUGAUAGUGUCAUCUGCUCUCUAUGGGAAUUAUUAUUGGAAAGAUCUCUUCACAACGUUGAUGAAGCUAAACCUCGUGUGCUCUAUCGUAUGGGCUAGAAUCGAUGGGAGUCGCCACUGGAUCACUACAAGCCCGGCAUUCUUUCUCAGCUUUGGUAGUGUGUUAAAUAGCUUGGAGGAGCUGGAGAUUAAUUUAGGUGAUGAAUCAUUCGCUGAACGAGGAUGGCCAGAAGCAUUUCAGAAUUUAACUCACCUGAAGAAAGUUACCCUGCACAAUGCACACGGCAGACUGCUGAACUCGUUGCAGAUCCACUGUAGACAACUGAGGAAGCUAGUAAUAAAACGUGUAGCAUUUCAUCAACCGCUGGCCGGCCUGCUGAAUUUUCCACUGCUGGAAGAACUAUUCCUGGAGAAUGUAUACAUUCACAGUACGCCUGAAUCAAACAGCGUGAAACAAGUUUCUCUGCCCUGCCUGAAACAUCUAAGCAUCUCGCUUUCCCCGCUAUUUGAUUGCGCGUUCGAAAACCAUAUGUUUUCGGUAAUCCACGUACCGCGAUUGUGCUCAAUCAGCACGACUUUUUCCGUUUGCAAAGUUCUCCAAAUAGUCCCUGGUAAUUUUCUGCGACUGAUUAAGCUCAACACGAAAUGCGACACAAACCAAAACAAUCAUGACGAUCUGGAACCCAACAACGGUAUAAUCGCAGUUGAGGCGAUCAACAUAACCGCCAGAGAAUUGGUUCGCUGGGUCAACGUGCAGUGCCCGAGAACGCAGCGGCUAGAUUUCAGCCCAUCAAUGUCCGAACAUUCACUGGGAAAGGUUAGCGAGGUCGCCACUCGCGUAUUGCCCGUGCUGAAGGAGAUUACGAUCGGCCCGGCAGUGUACUGGCGUCGAGAAGAGUAGUACACUACGUCCCGGUAUUCCGUAUAUACCUAUUCCU